AUGGCAAGACUAUCACCGAGACUAAUCAGACAAGCGAAAAGCAUCAGUAGUUUACUCCCACCACUACUUCGAGCCAAUCGGACCAUAGAAGCGGCCCAACGGGAACUCAAUUGGAUCAAGCGCGAACUUCCUGCUAAUGAAUGGGUUAAGGCUGUUGAAGCCAGAGAUAGACUUGUUCCGCUACAGUACAUAUUGGGGAAUGUCCCCUUUGGAAAUAUAACUGUCAAGUGUAAACCUGGCGUGUUGAUUCCUAGGCUGGAAACCGAGGCUUGGGUUAUAGACUUGAGUGAGAAAGUUAAGGAGGUUGCGAAUGACGAGAUUGGUAUUGUGGAUGCAUGCACUGGAACAGGAUGCAUCCCCUUACUUUUGGCACAUGAGUUGGACAAGGUGGGAGUAAAGACACGAGUAGAUGCAUUUGACGUUUCUGUUGAGGCGGUAAACCUAGCAAAUGAGAAUAAGGACUCCGUUGAAGGCAGUUCAGGGGUAAAUUUUCAAAUUGGUGAUGUGUUCAAUGUCAACAUCCUCGAGCAUAUAGGUGUGGAGAAGGUUGAUUUAGUUACAUCUAAUCCACCUUACAUCCCAUUCCAUGACUAUAAAAAGUCAAUGUUUGAGCAUGGGAUAGAACGAUCGGUCAAGUUGUAUGAGCCGCAGUUGGCUCUUGUUGGUGAAUAUGAAUUUUAUUUGGAACUUCUUCAGAAUAUAGUGAUACCCGGACAUGCCAAAGCAUUUGUAUUUGAAAUUGGUUACGAAGAACAAGCUGAGUUUGUGUAUGAAUAUUUGCGGGACUACAGUGCAUGGCGAGUAGGGAUAUGGUGUGAUUAUAAUGAUAAUGUGAGAUGUGUUAUUGGAUGGAAUGUCGAUACUGAAUUUGUAAAGUUGAAGGACAUGUGUGAUCACUUGUAUGAACCAAAGGUAUAA